AUGGCGGAUACCAGGGAGCGUCUUACUAUCCCACCAUACCCUGAGAGCCCCGAAACUAGGGAAGGCAAGCGCUUAAGCCCAGAGAAAAUCCAGUCCUUGAAGACCCAGUACCCAAUCGAUAUCGACCAUCGGAGUACCACCUCCGGUCUAGCCGCCCCCGAGGACACUUAUCCCAACGAUGGAUGGCAACGUCGACACGAGGCCCUCAACAUCCACUCAGGCUGGUUCGCAUUCCCCGGGGCAAUCAUCGAAAACCAGAGUUUCGCUGGCGUAAUCCUCAAGAACUACCCGACCUCCAAAGCAGGACUUCCAAAAGACCGAUGCUGGUUCGACUUCUUCGAAGGCGACCGCUGCUGCCUGCGCAUCGGAAUCUUUCGAAACAAGACAGCGAUAACAUAUAAUCAGGUGGUGAAUAACGCAUGGACAACGGAGGUCUAUUACGAUUACCCGGAUGUGCUCAGUGAGGGGCGCGAUGUAGGUCUGAGGGUGUUUCUUGACCAGGGUAAGUUCUCUGUUUGUUGGAAUGAUGAGGGGGCAGAUUUGGAUUGGGGCGCCGCUGCGAAUUCCAUGGAGUACCGGGCUGAUCCGGCGAGUGCGGCGCGUUUUGGGGAGUCUGUGACUGGCUCAUUUGUUUGGAAGGGUUGA